UUGAGGAGCGUCCAGGCGCUGUGCAUUUGGCUUCUCCUCACUCAGUCUUUUAUUUUGUGUUAAACGGGAUCGUCCAUCAUUAGUGACUCCUGAUUUGGUCAUUUUAUCAUCUGUUUGGCGUUCUAAAGUUGCCAGGUGGAGAUUAUGGAACAAACAGUCAGAGGAGAGAUGAAAAGGAGAAAGCGAAUGCAUUAAGUGUUGGAUACUUUCAACUGUUUCGAUUCGCCAACUGGAAAGACAAACUCAUGAUGGUGGUGGGGAGCCUGUGUGCUCUCAUUCAUGGUUCGGCUUCACCUCUCAUGCUUCUAGUUUAUGGCAUGAUGACGAACACAUUUGUGGCGUAUGAGCUGGAAGUCCAGGAGCUGAAAGACCCGAACAAGGAAUGCCAGAACGGCACCAUCUAUUGGACCAAUGGCACCAUUUAUGAAAGCACUGACAACAGCACAGUUGCCUGUGGAGUUGAUAUUGAAGCACAGAUGACCAUGUUUGCUUAUUACUACAUUGGCAUUGGAAUAGGUGUUCUGGUUGUUAGUUACUUUCAGAUUGUUUGUUGGGUGGCAGCAGCUGCAAAACAAACUCACAGAAUCCGAAAGACCUACUUCAGAAAAGUAAUGCGAAUGGAGAUCGGAUGGUUUGACUGCAAUUCGGUUGGUGAACUGAACACAAGAAUAUCUGAUGAUAUAAAUAAGAUUAAUAAUGCCAUCGCUGAUCAGGUCUCCAUUUUUAUUGAGAGGAUCUCGACUUUCAUAUUUGGCUUCAUGGUUGGAUUCAUCGGUGGGUGGAAGCUGACUCUGGUUGUCAUAGCUGUGAGCCCACUGAUUGGUCUAGCUGCUGGAUUGAUGGCCAUGGCUGUGGCCAGACUGACAGGCCGAGAGCUGAAGGCCUAUGCAAAGGCAGGAGCAGUGGCUGACGAGGUCCUGUCUGCCAUCAGGACAGUAGCAGCCUUUGGUGGGGAGGAAAAAGAAGCUGAAAGGUAUGACAGAAACCUUGUGGAUGCUCAGAACUGGGGUGUAAAAAAGGGUUCAAUCAUCGGAGUGUUUCAAGGAUACUUGUGGUGCAUCAUCUUCCUCUGUUACGCUCUGGCCUUUUGGUAUGGAUCUAAACUGGUCAUCGACACCAAGGAGCUGUCCCCCGGUAGCCUUAUUCAGGUUUUCUUUGGAGUACUCAUGGCUGCUAUGAACCUUGGUCAGGCCUCACCUUGCUUAGAGGCCUUUGCUUCUGGUCGCGCUGCUGCAAAGGCUAUUUUUGAAACAAUUGACCGGGAACCAGAAAUCGAUUGUCUCUCUGAUGGUGGCUAUAAAUUAGACAAGGUCAAAGGUGAUAUUGAGUUCCAUAAUGUCACUUUUUACUAUCCAUCACGCCCUGAAGUCAAGAUUUUAGAUCAUUUAAGUGUGCAGUUAAAAGCUGGAGAAACCACUGCUUUUGUGGGUCCGAGUGGAUCUGGAAAGAGCACCGCAAUCCAACUAAUUCAAAGGUUUUAUGACCCAAAGGAAGGAAUGGUGUGCUUGGACGGCCACGACAUCCGAACUUUAAACAUCCAGUGGCUCCGCUCGCUCAUCGGCAUCGUGGAGCAGGAACCAGUGCUGUUUGCCACAACCAUUGCUGACAACAUACGAUACGGUCAACCUGGAGUGACCAUGGACGACAUCAUAAAGGCAGCAAAAGAGGCCAAUGCUUAUAGUUUUAUUAUGGAUCUGCCACAGAAAUUUGACACGAUGGUGGGGGAAGGCGGAGGCCAGAUGAGUGGAGGGCAGAAGCAGAGGAUCGCUAUUGCUCGAGCUCUCAUCCGAAACCCAAGGAUUCUGCUUCUGGAUAUGGCCACAUCUGCUUUGGAUAAUGAGAGUGAAGCUGUAGUCCAGAAAGCCCUGGAUAAUGUACGAGCAGGCAGGACGACGAUCUCCAUAGCCCAUCGUCUGUCCACCAUCAGGAAUGCUGAUGUGAUUGUGGGAUUUGAGCAUGGACAGGCUGUUGAGAGAGGGAAACACAACGAGCUUCUAGAAAGACAGGGUGUCUACUUCACUCUCGUUACCUUGCAGAACCAGGGCUCAUCUAACACAGCCACUGAUGUGAUUAGUGAAGCUCCAGAUGAAGACGUUGACCUAAAAGUGGGGAGUUUUCGGCGUGGAAGCCGCAGAUCAAGUAAAAGGAGCUCUGUUCGGCUGCGAUCCCAGAGCAAACUCUCAAAUGAUUUUGUCCCAGAUGCCGUAUCGGGCAGCCUCAAGAUUCUCUCAGAUGUGGACAUCACUCAAGAAAAUGCCUUCGAUGAGGAUAUAGACGAGCAUGAAGAACCAGCUCCAGUAGCACGCAUCCUGAAGUACAACCAGCCGGAAUGGCCGUACAUGCUGAUGGGUUCUCUGGGAGCCGGCAUCAAUGGCUCCGUCAACCCCAUCUAUGCCAUCCUGUUCAGCCAGAUUCUUGGGACUUUUUCUAUCCGGGACUUGAAUGAGCAGCGGGAGCAGAUCAACGGCAUAUGCGUUUUGUUUUGCAUCGUGGCUGUGAUCAGUUUCUUCUCCCAGUUUGUUCAGGGAUAUGCCUUUGCUAAGUCUGGAGAAUUGCUGACCCGUCGUCUGAGGAAAUUAGGUUUCCAGGCCAUGCUUAGACAGGAGAUUGGCUGGUUUGAUGACCCUCGAAACAGUUCUGGAGCUCUAACCACCAGACUUGCCACAGAUGCAUCCAUGGUCCAGGGGGCAACAGGUUCCCAGAUUGGCAUGAUCGUGAACUCCUUGACCAGCAUAGGAGCCUCAUUUAUAAUUGCAUUCUACUUCAGCUGGAAGUUAACAUUGGUUAUUAUGUGCUUCCUACCUCUAAUUGGGCUGUCUGGGGCAUUCCAAGCCAAAAUGCUGACCGGUUUUGCAAAUGAGGAUAAAAAAGCCAUGGAAAUAGCUGGACGGGUAUCAAGUGAAGCUCUGUCCAACAUCAGAACCAUUGCAGGCUUGGCCAAAGAGCAAACAUUCGUGGAGACUUAUGAACAGAAACUUGAGCUGCCAUAUAGAGCGGCAAAGAAGAAAGCCAACAUCUAUGGAAUCUGUUUCGGCUUCGCCCAGUGUGUCAUUUUCAUGGCUUAUGCUGCUUCUUUUAGAUAUGGAGGCUACCUGGUCAGAGCCGAGGGAUUACAGUACAUGUUUGUUUUUAGAGUGAUUUCUGCUGUAGUAAUCAGUGGAACGGCUCUGGGCAGAGCAUCAUCCUUCACUCCCGAUUAUGCAAAAGCAAAAACUGCUGCCACUCAACUUUUCAAACUCUUGGACAGAGUCCCUAAAAUCAACAUGAGCCACACGGAUGGAAAGAAAUGGGAGAACUUUAAAGGGGAGGUCGACUUUGUGAACUGUAAGUUUACCUAUCCCACACGACCAGACGUCCAGGUACUGAAUGGCCUGGUGGUGUCUGUGAAACCUGGCCAGACGCUGGCGUUUGUUGGGAGCAGCGGCUGUGGGAAAAGCACCAGCGUUCAGUUACUGGAGAGGUUUUAUGAUCCUGACGAGGGACAAGUGUUGAUUGAUGGACAGCCAUCCCAUAGCGUCAAUGUGCCUUUCCUGAGAUCUCAGAUUGGCAUCGUGUCACAGGAGCCCGUUUUAUUUGACUGCAGCAUAGCUGAAAAUAUACAGUACGGAGACAACACACGCAAUGUGCACAUGGAGGACGUAAUUGAGGCUGCCAAGAAAGCUUAUCUUCAUGACUUUGUGAUGACUCUCCCUGAUAAAUAUGAGACUCAAGUUGGUGCCCAAGGUUCCCAGCUGUCGAGAGGACAGAAACAACGGAUUGCUAUUGCCAGGGCCAUUGUCAGGAAGCCCAAGAUCCUGCUGCUGGACGAGGCUACUUCUGCCCUGGACACAGAGAGUGAACAGACUGUCCAGUCUGCUCUGGAUGAGGCCAGAAAAGGACGAACCUGCAUUGUCAUUGCUCACAGACUGUCCACCAUCCAGACGGCUGACAUCAUAGCGGUGAUGUCUCGUGGAGUUGUCAUAGAGCAAGGCACGCAUCACAACCUCAUGGCCAAUAGGGGUGCCUAUUAUAAACUGGUCACAACAGGUGCUCCAAUCAGCUAAUGACCUUUAGAAAUAUUUGAUAGAAUGUAGUGUUGGUUAAGUUUCCUGCAAUCUGUAUGAAAGAGACUUACAAUGCAAUGCAAUGAACUGCAAAACAGCUAAAAGACCCUGUUUCAGAUGUAAACAUACUGGCAUACUGUUGUGUGGUAAACUUGCCCAGAAUAUUUAAAAAUAUCUUUAGGUUUCAGGGCAAUAGUUUCUAAAUGUCUUGGAAGGCGUCUUACAUAUUGUGCUUUAAAUAGCCUUUAAGAUGUGUUAUGAUUGUUCCAUUAAUCACUGGUUAUGGAAAGUUAAAGCUAUUUAUUGAAUAUUUAUUUGUUAGAAGACAUUUUGCGUAGAUGAAUAGGAUGAUCAUUUCCACAUGUGGUGUUUGUAUUGCCGGACCAUUGUUGGAUGAUUCAAUGUUUUGAAAUAUUGCUAAUACGUUGUGCAGUCGAUAAAGAAAAAACAAAGACACAUUUUCUAUGUAAAUUUAAAAGUUUGUCAGAAUAGUGACCACACACAAUAAUGUGUUUGCA